AAACAAACAAAACAGGCUGGCUGGAGCCAUUUGCGUGCAGUGACUGCGAUCUUUAACAGAGAAUCUCUCUCUUUGUUAUUGCUGCAGAAUUCCAACUGUGUGCUUCAUACAAAGUAAUGGUGCAGGAAUUUCAGGUUCUCAGAUGUUUCUCUUGCCAAACGUUCCAGGUGCACCAGGUAUAUCCCCAAAUAAUAUAAAUACACACACACAUAUAUAUAUCAGGAGCACACUUACCUUGGAGGAAAACCAACCAGUUUACUUUUUUUUCUUUGUGUUCUAAGUCUUAUUUUUUUCUUUUUCCUUCCAGGUGAAAAAGUCCAAAAAAUGGAAUUGCAAGAUGUGUGGAGAAAAGCAGUCACUGCUAAAGGUAGCUCUGUUAAUAGGAAACUAUUAAUCACCAGUCUCCUAAGCUGUGUUUACUUUGGGAAUGCAGUGUAUGGUGGGCAUUCCACACUCGCAAUGGACGAGACAGCAAUGCACUGAGCUCGGCCACUUAUAGAUUAGAGGGGGCACUUUAAGCCUGAUAACACACUACAUAACAUGGGAGACCCACAAUUUUUGUCAAGCCGCUCAAAAACAAUUUGACACGGGGGAGGAGGGUUUAAAGUGCUCUGUUAAUUCACAAUUGUAUAAUAUAUGGUUUUAUAACUUCGUCAAAGUGAAUACUUUAUUAAAUUCACUGUUAUGAAUAUCUUUAAAGGAACAGUACUGUAUAGGGUCAGGAACACAAACAUGUAUUCCUGAUCCUAUAGUGUUAAAACCACCAUCUAGCCCCCCUACCUCCUUAAAUAUUUUAAAAUGUUACCUUUAUUCAAGACUGCUAGUGCUGGCCCUGCCUCCUUGUUUGACAUCAUUGGAUUGGGUGAGCUUGUCAAGGAGGAAGAUCAGGGGCAGAGCCAGCAGAAGCCAAACACAGCCCCGGCAAAUCAGCAUCUCCUUAUAGAGUCAAUUAAUCUCUAUGAGGAAAGUUCAGUUUCUCUAUGCAGAGGGUGGAGACACUGAAUGGCAGUAUUGCACACUGUGCAGUACUGCUCCCCUGGAAGCACCUCUAGUAACUAUCUCGGGAGUGGCCACUGAAGAUUUCCCUAGGCUGUAAUGUAAACACUACCUUUUCUAUGAAAAAAAAGUGUUUACUGCAAAAAGCCUGCAGGGAUUGAUUAUACUCACCAGAACAAAUACAAUAAGCUGUAGUUGUUCUGGUGGCUAUAGUGUCCCUUUAAGCAUUUCAAACAUGGGAAUAGAAGGAAACAUAAGACUUAUUCUGUAUGUGAGUAUAUCUUUCAUUCAUACAGAUUUAUGGGCAAGGAUCAGGAGCUGACUGCCGCCAUCAUGUCCAGAAGCUGAACCUAUUUCAUGGAGAGGUACUCCAGGCAGCGGAUAUGGCUUUUGGGUCCGUACUUCAUCUUUAACACUAUAAUAUUUGUGACACAAAAAAUGAUUGUAUCAUUGCAAACAUUUCCAAUAUUUUUCAGGCUAGAUUGUAAAGAAGAAAUCACAGAUAACGUGCCCAUUGAAGACGAACACGAAGGAACAGUGGAAGCUCAGGUAAUGUCUAUCAGAUUUAAAAUGCAGUGUAUCGGAAGCCUCUGUCUCCACUCACAGAAAUAAUGCUCCUAAAGCAGAGAAAUGCUGCAAGUGUCCUGGUAGCAGAGUGAUGUUGUCAAACACCAGAAAUGUAUUGGCCCUUUGUAUAUACAGUUAUGCUCAAACGUUUACAUACCCUUGGAGAAAUGGUAAUAUAUGUACCAUUUUUAAAAAAAACAUGAGUGAGCAGGCAAAACACAUUUCUUAUGGGAUUCAUAUUCAACUGUAGGUUAUAACAGAAUGGCACAAUCAUAAAACAAAACUUGGCAACAAAGAAAAAAUGAAAUGGCCCCUGUUCAAAAGUCUGCAUACCCUUAGUUCUUAAUACUUUGUAUUGCCCCAUUUAGCAUCAAUGACAGUGUGCAGUCUUUUGCUAUAGUUGUCUAUGAGGCUCCUAAUUCUUGAAGUUGGUAUAGCUCCCCAUUCGUCUUAGCAAAAUGCCUCCAGGUCAUGCAAAGUCUUUGGUUGUCUUUCAUGAACCGCACGUUCGAGAUCCCACCCCCCCAGAGUGGCUCUAUUAAGUUUGGGAGACUGUGAUGGCCACUCCAGAAGCUUCACCUUUUUCGUCUGUAACCACUGGAGGGUCAACUUAGCCUUGUGCUUAGGGCCAUUGUCAUGCCGAAAAGUCAAAGAGCGCCCUAUGCGUAGCCUUUGCGUGCAGGAGAAUGCAAAUUGUCUGCCAGUAUUUUAUGAUAACAUGCCUUUAGAGCUCACUCACCCCCUAAAACAUCAGUGGGCCACCACCAUGGUUCACAGUGGGGAUAGUAUUCUUUUCACCAUAGGCCUUGUUGACCCCUCUCCAAACAUAGCGCUUAUGCUUGUGACCAUAAAGCUCUAUUUUGGUCUCUCCACUCCAAAUUACAGUGUGCCAGAAUUUGUGAGGCAUGUCAAGGUGUUGUCGGGCAUAUUGUAACCAGGCUUUUUUGUGGCAUUCGCUCUGUAAAGGCUUCUUUCUGACAACUCGACCAUGCAGCUCAUUUUUGUUCAAGUAUUGUUGUAUUGUGCUCCUUGAAACAACCACAGCAUCUUUUUCCUGUAUUUCUCCUGAGGUUAUCUUUGGGUUUUUCUUUGUAAGAAACAGAUUAGUAGGAGAAACCAAUUAAUGUAAAGCCUGUUCAAUAAAGUAACAGGUGCCGAGGGUAUAAAAAAAAAAACAAAAAAAAAAAAACCCAUUCCAAGUGGUAUAAUAACCAUGUAUAAUUAAAGAAAUGCCCACACUCCCAACUUCAAUAAAUUUCUAAUUUUAUUAAAUACAAAAAAAUAAAUAAAAUACAAUGUACUCUAUGUAUGCCUAUGAUAUUGGCAAUAAUACCAAACUCUAUCUGUAAGGUAUGCAAAAUCAGAUUAACAUACUAAAUAUAAACAAAGAAAUUCCUAUACAGAGCAUGAAAAAAAUGCAAAAUAAAAAAAGAAUAGACUGCUGUACAGUUUUGCCUGGCGAAUGGACAGGUGUAAACACCCAACGUUUCAGCUGCAAAGCCUUUGUCAAGGGUGAUCUUUAGUCACAAUUUACAAGCAUACAUGUAAUUAAAAAUAGAGGUAGACACUCCCAUGCGAAGCCCCAAAUUAGAUAACACCUGUGCUGUAAUAAUUAGUUAAGUUCUAGGUUGUUUAGGAAAAAUACUAUUGCUAUUGCAACAGGACGCCCCUAUCGAUGUGUACAUCUCAUCAUUACCAUCCAGUAUAUUUUGAUAGUCCUCCUGUUUUACCCAUCUGUGCUCACAGCCAUGUAGGUAUAAGAAAGUGUAGCUAGUUCCGUCGGUAUGAAAAAAUGUAGUUGGCUCCGUCAGUGAAAAACAUAAGCAAAACGGCUCAUCUAGGGGAGAUCGUGUCUAGCAAAUCUCCUGGUACGGAAGCCUGAGCUAACCAUAAUGCAACACUCUGUGAGCAUCUCGCUGUGUACGGAAGCCUCUAUCGGCCAAAUUACUACAAAGUGCAAACAUAUCGUUAUAUUACAGAAUUUCCUGUGUUAACUGCAUCUGACUUGCCAAUAAGGGAACAAAUCCCUACGUUUAGCUCUCUAAGGAACUGCCUACCCAGUUCCUUAGAGAGCUAAACGUAUGUCUUGUUAGGUUAUUUGUUAUAAAUCAUAUAAAGAUAUAUAAUGUUCCAUGGUCCCCACCUUAACUAAUAAACAUAAAUAAUCGAUAGAAAACAAAAAUAAACAAAUAAUGGGGUGGGGGAAUAGAAAUAAAACAGUGGAACAAAAUAUGAAAUACAAGAAGAUAUAGGAAAAGUAAAAAUUUAAAAAUAGAAAAAUCAAAAGUUUGUAAAAUAUAUAGCAAAAACUAAUAAAGAAUUAAAAAUAUGAAAAAUUUAAAAUAAAACAAGAAAGAUAAUAGAUAAAAAUAAAAUAUAAAAAAUUAGAAGAUCAAAAUAUAGUAGUAAUAAAUGAAAGAAAAUGGAAACGAAUUUAGAAUAAAAAUAAAUCCAAUGCCGUAAGGUAUAACAACCUAGUAGGGUAUAAUGUGAAUUAAUUCAAAACAAUGUAGUCAAUAUAUGUAAUAUUAUAAUCUCAUUGAUGUUCUGUUGUCAGUCAAAAAGGCCAUGUUAAUCAAUGUCUACACCCAGAGAGGUUACUUGAAGAGAGACCAUAUAGUCACCACUGUGGGUUUUUCUUUGUAUCCCGAACAAUUCUUCUGGCAGUUGUUGCAGAAAUGUUUCUUGGUCUACCUGACCGUGAGUUGGUAUCAAGGGAUACCUGAAUUUUCCACUUCUUGUAAGUGAUUGAACAGUACUGACUGGCAUUUUCAUUGCUUUUGAUAUCUUUUUUUAUAUCCUUUUCCAUCCUUAUAAAGUUCCAUUACCUUGUUAUGCAGGUCUUUUAAAAGUUAUUUUCUGCUCCCCAUGACUCCGUAUCUAGCCUGCUCAGUGCAUCCACUUGAGAGCUAACAAACUCAUUGACUAUUUAUACACAGACACUAAUUGCAAUUUAAAAAGCCACAGGUGUGGGAAAUUAUCCUUUAAUUGCCAUUUUAAACUGUGUCUGCAACAAGGCCAAGCAUUCAAUGGUAUGUAAACGCUUGAUUAGGGCCAUUUGGGUGAUUUGUUAUUGUGUUUUAAAAAGGAGCCAAACAACUAUGUGAUAAUACAUGGCUUCAUGUGUUCACUAUCCUUCAAUAAAGACUUUUUUUUUUGCAUAAUCAGUUAUAUUUUUAAAAUCAAUGCCAAAAUUUCACACUUUUUGCCAGGGUAUGCAAACUUUUGAGCACAACUGUACACAGAGACACACACGUAACAUAUGCAAAUAUCCCUUAACAUAUGAAGAUACCAUCUUGCAUAACUACCAUGUUCAGGUAGUUGAGGCUACAAAGCAAAAUGGCUAUAUAACUUCACAAAACAGUGAAUAUAUAUCAUGCCUGUUCAAUGUCCUUACUUUCAUCUGUAACUCAGCACUUAAGUGCAAUGUAAACUUUUAAAACAUUUUUUACAGUUGUAUGUUUUUUCCCUUUUAAUAUAUUCACUUCCCAUCCAUUUGUAUGUUUUCGAGUUUAAAACACAUCCUUUUGAGACUACACUUUAAAGUUGUCUUGACGAAUGCGUAAAUGUUCGUAUAACCAAGCUUUUUCAUUUUUGUAAUUGGCCAGUGGAGUGCCCCUUUAACUAACAAAAAAAAAAAAGUGAUACGUGUGAUGUAAUGCAAUUGGGAAUUAAUUUUGUCUUACUUGUCAUCAACAGGAAAGUGACAGAUACAUAAGUCGUUGGAAUAAAUACCUUGUGGAAAACCGAGAAAAUGAAGAUGUGAAUCUGCAAAGUGACAAAGAGAAACAUGCUCACUGUGAUGGGGAGAAGAAAUCCCCAUUAAAGAUCAGGUUUGUGUUUAAACUUUAAAAUGUAGUGCCACGAGUUUAAUGAUUUUUAUCUAUAUCAAUAACCAUUUGUAUGAAAUUUUAUUUUUUAUUUUUUUUCUGGUUUUUUUUUUUUUGCCUGCCUUGUUUGGCACUUGUUCUCAUUCUGGUUGUUUUGAAUGUACACACCUGGCACCAUUCUAGUGUAAGGCAUUUGAUUCAUGCUGGCCUCCUUAUUCAUGCUGUUUUCCCUAAAUUCAAAUUUGUGUUAAAGAAAAUAUUGUUUUGCAGCUUUCUACGGUCUAACAUUGCACUCUUUAGCAACAUCCCAUUUUUCAUUCUGUAGUGUUUCCUAUUGUUUCAUUUUUUUAUUUUUUUUUCAGCAUGGUUUUAACUUUUCCUGUGUAUACACAGCCCUCUCUAUAUGUUAUAACCUUAAAAAUUCCCUUUCUGCUUUAUUCUUUUUGUUAGAAGACAAAAGGAUAUGUCACUAGAUGACCAUGGAUUUCAUGAUCUAGACUCUCGUUGUGUGAGAAGAAAGUGCAGCAGUGAUUUAAGUAAUCAAGUAAAAAGACUCAAGCCGUGUGAGGUUUGUAACCACAUGCAUUUUAACUAGACCUAUCCUAUACUAGUAAAAGUAUAGCAACUAUGACAAUGCUUGUUCAAACUAAGUGUGUAACUUCCCAUGUGGAGUUAUUCCGGCAUGAAACAUUGAGUAGUGUAACACCAUCAUGGUCAGAUCCUUGGUACAAGUGAAGGUCUGGUCACUAUGGUAUCCCGCAUCAAACCCUUUACACAAACCUCUAAAGCCUAGAGAGGGUGCAGUCUAGAAUGUACAGCACAGAGGACCUCUGUGUCUGUCUGGUGAAUCAGUCCUAGUGAAGUCGAUGUAUUUAGCGAUAUUAUAUGCUACCAUCCUGCAGUCAAAUAGGGUGGUGUAGUUGCCGAGCAGUGUACUCUAGCCAAAGCAGGCUGGUCUGAGAAAAAUCAAGGGAGUUUAAAUUCUCCUCCCCUCCCAGCCCCCCGUAUACCGGGCCAUCCCGGUAGCACUAUAUAAGAAGGGAAAGAGGGGAGGAGGGGAAAGAGGAAGGAAAGUAGAGGGAGGAAAGCAGGGGAGGAAGAGAGGAGUGAGAGAAACAGAAGUAAAAAAAAAAAAAAAUUCUCCUCCCCCACAUGCAGCACCCCAGUACUUGUCAGAGCUUGUCACCUACAGAUACCUGUGCGUUCAGUGCCUUCAAGAUACAGUCACCGUCACGUCAAAUCCCCCGUGCCUCCAGCCAGGGCACUGCCAUUACCACCAGAAUGUGACAGGCUAAUUCUGCUGCUCCGGUCCCCUGGGGAAGUCUGAAGCCUCCAUUGGUCUCCUCCCACAGAGAGUGAAGGCCCCUAAACUUCUUGGUAUGAGCGUUGCGCCAUGUAUGUGCGCCAGGGGACCAAUGUCAGGGUGCAUUUGUUUUUCAAUUUUCUUACCGUUAAGGACCAGGGCUGUUUUUACAUUUCUGCAGUGUUUGUGUUUAGCUGUAAUUUUCCUCUUACUCAUUUACUGUACCCACACAUAUUCUAUACCGUUAUUCUCGCCAUUAAAUGGUCUUUCUAAAGAUACCAUUAUUUUCAUCAUAUAAUUUACUGUUAAAAAAAUUAUAAAAAUGUUUUAAUGUUUUUAAAACACUUUUUUUUUCUAACUGACCCCCCAAAAUCUGUUACGCAUCUACAAAAAACACCCGUGCUAAAUAGUUUCUAAAUUUUCUCCUGACUUUAGAAAAACACAAUGUUAACAUGUUCUUAGCCUUUUUUUUUGCAAGUUGUAGGACAUUGCUUUUUCAAAAUAUAUAUAUUUUUAAAAUGUUUCAAUAGUGACAUCGUACCACUGUUCUCUGUCAUAAAUCUCUGAAUCACACCUCCCAUGUACCUAUUUUUUUAAAGUAUACAACCCAGGGUAUUCAAUAUGGGGUGUGUCCAGUCUUUUUUAGUAUCCACUUAGUCACAAACACUGGCCAUAGUUAGCAUUUAUAUUAUGUUUGUGUGUUUAAAAAUGCAAGUAGUAGUAUACGUAUUGUCAGUAGUGCAAUACGUAUAAAAUCCAAAGGGUAAAAUAAUAGUAGAAGGUAAAGAACUCACAUGGCCAGCUCUUGUGUGAAGGGCGUACAGCGAUACUAGCCUCGCUUAUGGGAUAUGUGAAGGGAGUGCUUCUGUCAACACCGUCCUGUCAUUCAAGGCUCCAAAUAGGGAUACAAAGAGGCGACAAUAGUGCUCUCAAUUGGGUAAAAGUAACUAAAAUAAUACAAUGGGAAUUCGGUUUGCGAAUUUAAUGCGUUCUCCGGGACGUUUCUUAUUGCGAAAAAAUUAAUAUUUUUAUGAAGAUUGAAUGUAUAUUUUUAAAGUUAUAGUACAUGUGUUAAAACUGUAUUUCUCUGCCUGUGAUUACAUUAACCCAUUGUGUUCAGUAUUUAUAUCACAAGCAGAGGGGAGGAUUUUGUGUGGGAGUGUCUGAGUGUAUUGUACGUAUUGAUUGGUUGUACUUCAAAACCCUGUGGGCAGUACUAUGGUUGUAGAAUGGGCAUAAAAGCAGAGUGUUUGAUUAAAAGCUAGAGUUCUACUUCACCCUCAAUUUGGAUUCCUGUCUCUUAUUGGGGGAAUCUGCUACAAGGGAUUGCUAUGCUCUGCAUAUUCCCUUGCUAUAAUCACUCCUAAGUUCUUUUAAGAGCUUGUUCCCGUCGUGCUCUCUGAAGGAGUCUACGGUGGUUAUGGUGUCGGCUGGAGUGCUUGGAGACCUCAGGAAGCGCUAGGAGCAUCCUUCAACGGAGGUACCCGGUACCCAGUCGGGGUGCCAGGUGAUAUGUUACAGUCUGACCCAAGGUUUCUGUAUAUCACUAUAAUGUUUCUUUACAUAUAUAUAUAUAUAUAUAUAUAUAUAUAUAUAUAUAUAUAUAUAUAUAUAUAUAUAUAUAUAUAUAUAUAUAUAUAUAUAUAUAUAUAUAUAAAAUCAGUUUUCUUUCAAAACUGAACUGGAUGAAAUGGUUAUUAUAUUAAAAAAAAAUAGUGUUGAAGUGACAGUUCGUUAGGUGGAGGGCAACUUCUUUUUAAGCAAAGCAGAAAUUGAAGAUCCUCUAAGCCAGGCGUGUCCAACCCACAGGUUUGUAAUGUGGCCCAGUUGCCAUUAUGGCAGUGUGGGAGUCAGGGAAGAGCACACAAACAGUACACACACACACACACACACACACACACAUACAUCACCCUUACACUAACACGCUUACACACACAGCACCCUCACACUAACCACACCCUUACACACACACACACACACUAACAGCACCCUGACACUAACACCCUUACACACACACUAACAGCACCCUCACACUAACACCCUUACACACACACACUAACAGCACCUUCACACUAACACCACCCUUACAGACACAGCACCCUCACACACUAACAACACCCUUACACACACACACUAACAGCACCCUCACACUAACAACACCCUUACACACACACCGCACCCUCACACUAACCACACCCUUGCACACACUAAAAGCACCCUUGCACACACUUCACCCACACACUAACAGCACCCUUGCACACACAUACAGCACACACUAACAGCACCCUUACACAUGUAUGUAUGUAUGUGUGUGUGUGUGUAGAAGGUAAAGAACGCAGCGUGUGUGUUUCUGCUUUAGGGUGCACACCCUUAUAGAAUAGGCUGCGCAUGCCUAUGGUAGUGCAUAUAGCUGUUGCUACCAACAGAGGGUGCUAUACAGGCUCCAUAGCCAAAUCUACCUAGUUCCUAGCAAGCAUCAACAUGACAGAAGAGCACACAAACAAUUAACAAUAAAUACACAUACAUUACACACACCCUGCACCUACAAUGGGCACAGGGUGACUUAAACAUAAGAACCAUUUAGGAACCAUUAUAAAGUGUCGUCCUGCUCCCAGGGAUGGCGACUACCGUCAUAGUAUCCUUAAAUAUGGCAAUCACAAAUAAGGGAGUUAUCUACUAAACAAAUAUUAAUAAAAGGGCUUGUGAAGUUUUAUUAUAUACAUUAUUUAUAUUAUAUAUUUUAAGACAAUUCCUCUUUGCUUAGUGUGACCCGGGGAAGCCACUAAGCUCAAAGCACAAGACCUGCGUAAUUUGAAGGGUUUAUAUGCAUAGAUCCUGCCCUUUUUGUGCGGCAAUGUUUGUUUUGCCAUAAACACACCUCUAGUGGCUAGAAACACUUCCUAGUGAAGACUAUAAAUAAUUAGAUUUAAUGACGGCAAACAGAGAAGCAUCCAAUUGGCAUUUGCCGUGCGUGCCUAGUAGGUCUACAGUGCGUGUCAUAGUGAAGAAUAGGAUAAGUCCAGAGAUGAUUUCAAAAGUGGAGGAGCAGCAGAAAGAAGACAGCCUGACACUGGAUAAAAUGUGAGUAAAAACAAUAUUCUUAUUUUAAGAGGGGUGAGGUGAUCUACAUCGCCUAAGUAACUCUCCAUCAUUAACAAUCAAUAUGUUAAUUUAAAUAUUUGUAUUCCUUUAACAAAAAAAAAUACUGCUUCCAGUGUGCUAUGUCAGCAGCUUGUUAAAAUCAGUGUUGGAAGAUAGAAAAGUGGAGCUUUAAAGUGGCUCUGUCACCUUCCAGAAUAAUUACAUCAUUGCUUGGGCUGCACGAUAUCCAUUAGGAGCCACAUCAGUGCUUUACUCUUGCUGAUAAGUUAGAGCAUAAUUCUGAUGUCUAUGGGUGAGGGAAGCGGAGUUCCCAUAGAUAUUGUUUCACUAUGAGUAAGCCAGUGCCUGAUUCCGACUGCCAUUCCUGUUCCAUUGCUAGUAACAUCUUUUUGCUUAGAUUUUGCCAUUUGUAUAUAGUUCGCUAAACAUCAGUUUUGUUAACUGCCCUUAAGUGUCUAACCCUAUGCCCUCCCGCAGUCUCUCCCUUUGUCAUAAUGUGUGUGUGCUCUGUGUGGUGGUGCUCUGUGUAGCCCCCUUCCUGCUUGGCUUCUUUUGCAGGAGGAGGGGCUAUGAUCCCUGGUGAUCCAAUGGGAGGGAUGGAUGUCAAAACCCAUGGUGGUGAAGCAGGGCUUAAUUCUGCCUGGUGGUUCUAGAUCCUUAGUGGUCUAGUAAGCAGCUGAUGCAUCCCUCCUUUAUCGCUCCCCCGCGGUUCUGGCAUUCUGUAUUAUUAAUGAGGACUGCGAACAUUGGUAGACCUCACACUACUUGUCAGAGAAGCAAUACCCGCCAACCAAGGCAACCCUGCCAUUUGCCUUCGGCAGGACAAAAAGAGUUUUAAAGAACUGCCUGCACAGUGCCUGGAACUGCUUAUCCCAGGUGUUGGGCCAUAUAACUUCCAUAUCCUUUGUGUAAUACUGUUUUAGUAGAGUUAAAAAGAAAAUAAUAAUGUUAAUUGGCAGUGAUAAUGUAGACCUGUUAUCUCAUGUACAUUUACCGAAGCUUUGUAAUAACCGGUUCCCGUGAGAUGGACCUGUGGUGCCUACAAAGGUGGAACACUUCUUAUAUUAAUGAUGUAUUGUCCCAGGAAGAUACAUGUAUGGGAAACACAGAUGGGUUUUGGUAGCUCCUUUGUCGUGGAUAUGGUUAGCGACUAGGUAUGGUGCCUGUUUGGGGUUGCACCUCUCUGUGGAGUUAAUGAAGUCUCAGGGGGACAAAAGAGAUUAAUAGAGCAAUAAAGUUGUACUUCAUAAGUAAUAUUACAAUCUGCAGUACUGUGCUUACACAGUAUAUAGAGCACUUGACCUGGCUCAAAGAACAAUUACUUGUGUGUUACUUUCAAAGGCUUGAAUAAAGAUCCCAUAGAGCAAGGCUCAAGAUUUUCACUAGCUGUUGAUGAGUGAAAAUUAAAAUCUGAACAAAAAACAGACAUACCUGUUUUCACUCGACUCUACUUCAUUCACUAUUCUGUGGAGCGUUCAAUCCAACCUACGUGUUUAGUUAAAUGCAGGUAAAAUGCCCCAUUACAAAACACCGUCCAAACUAGGAAUUGCAAAAUACUAGGUCCAGCAAUUAAGAUAAAUUCCAAAAAACAAGAAAGACUAAAGGGUCUAUCAAAUGUUGGCCCAGUAGUCAAAGGGUGGACUAUAUGGGUAAGUAAGGGGCAUAACCCCAUAUGUAGUUCAAAAAGAGAAGAAAGAGACAAAUACUGCGUUGCUGUGCGAUAUGAAAGAAGACCCCAGACUUACUCUUGGUGCUCAAAAGCACCGCACAGACGCAGGUCUUACCCAAAUACAAUAUACAGCUCAAAAAUUGGGCAGAUAACUAAGAGAAAAAUCAAGUGAACUUAACCUUUAUUACGUCAUACAACACUAAAAUAAAUUGUGAAAAAACCCAAAAGGUGAAGAAAAAAUCGUGCAAAGUGUAUUCGUGGUUAAAAAGUGGGAUCUAAUGGAGUUUACUAGCAAUGAUCCAAGAAAGGACUAGUAGGAAGGUAGAUACUACCAGUAUAGAUCAGUGUGCACCUAUGGGGGCAAUACCUUGACACAUAGAUAUGUCUUGUUCCCAAAUAGAGGUGCAUCGUCUAUGGUUCAUAGUAUGUAGUUGGUACAGUUAUGGCACAGUGGGGUUAAUAUCUCACUUUACAAAAAAAAAGGUGACACACUGACCGAGAGACAGAACAUCAAUACAGUUCCCCCAGGUGAGCACUUUGUUAUGCACUAUGGACUGAAAAGCUGUCAGCUAGCAUGAGUGUUCAAUCAAAGGGAUAGUCUCUUUAGCGGAGCUGCAAUAUUAAAUCCCAAGAUCUCCGCUAGUAUAGAAGGUAAUCCAAAGUAAAGCGCUGGAAAUGAAGGCGAUAUCCCAAAUCCCCCAGUAACCGGACUAAACACAGUUCUGGGAGUCAACUGACAAUUUUAUUCACAGCUCCAGUAUUUAUGUGAUUUCCCCAUGCAAGGGGUUUCCUUAGUUACUUUACAGGGGUAUUACAGUAGAGGACUACAUGGGGAACUGAAUAUACAGAGCAUUUCUACCACCAUGCACUGCUGUACGUGAGGGAUACUCCCACUAGAAUAUCCUGUUAAGUAGAUUAUCCCUCCGUCCAGCAGAACUGGGUUUUAACACAAAAUUCAAUAACUUUAAUAUUAUUCGUGUGAUUCCCUUAAAUGACCGUUCGGUAGAUAGCUGGGGUCUGAGCGCACACUACCGCCCAGAUCCCAGUCUCAAUAACCGAACGUCGCACAAAACAUACUUUUAUAUCAUAUUCUCCUAAAAGUACCGAAUACCUAUUGGGAUCCCAAUACCGAAAGAUCGGGCCUCCGAACGGCCUGGAAGUCCAGCGGUGUUCGCGCCGUCGAGUGGCCAAUUUUAGUUCCAGGCGCUUGACGACCAAACACCGCUGGGCUAACAAAGGAUCCAAGAUGGCUGACCGCCGAGUGGUUGGUAGCCGAACGACGGCCACCUAGGAAAGCAAUUAACUACUGAUUGCAAUCGGUUAAUGGGAGCCACACGACCCUCUGUGUGUGGGCUCCCGUUCGGUACCUUAUUCGUUUCAUGAACAGUGUCUAAAGUCACUGUUCGUGAAACUACCAUAUGAAUGCUAGCGGCUUUCUGGUUCUGGGUACACUCUCUCGCCAUGUGGCCCCAUUGUUUGCACGUAUGGCACUGGAUAUUCGCUCUGCCAUUAUAUCUGGUGUGCCCCCCCGGGGUUGGCCGGAAUGUGGUUGCUGUAGGUGCAGUAGGGGUAGCUGUAUGAGGUUGAGCGGUGGGUCGAGGGUACCCUCGGUUGAGGUUACCGUGAUGCCUCCUGGCGUCAUAGGGCUGAUCGGCUAGGCGUGCAGCUUCUGUUAGGGUGAGGGGUUUUCUAUCUCUCACCCAUUCCUGUGCCUCUGGGGACAGGCCAUUGAAAAAUUGUUCCAACAGCAGCAAUUGCCGUAACUCCUCCAUGGUGGUUGCUUGACUGGCCUGUAUCCACCCCUGGGAGGCUUUGUCCAGUUUGUGGGCCCACUCUGCGUGGGAGUCUUUCUCUGGUUUGCGCAACCAUCGAAACUUGCGCCGGUAUGCCUCCGGGGUAAUGUCGUAUCUUUCUACUAUAGCCUGUUUUACCCUGGCGUAAUCUUUGCUGUCCUCCCUGGGUACAGCCCGAUAGGCUUCUGCUGCCCAACCUGACAGUUUGCCUGCCAGUAACGGUACCCACACUGCCUGCUCCAAAUCAUGCAAGUCACGUAGCCUCUCAAAGUCUUGUAGAUACCCAUCAAUCUCGUCUUUCUAGGGCUUUGCUAGGUUUGCCACAGUCUCUUAAAAGCACAGUCUGCGUUAGCAGUGAGACUAACAGAGUCUAAAUGAAAGUACAGUAAUAGCACUGUAAUGUAACAAAGUGUCUGUGAAGGGAAACGUUCCCAUUUACCAAUUGUGACACUUUGAACUGUGCUAUAAAGUAGGAGCCUGUCAACUGAAACACUGCUAGCCGGCUAGUGAGAGGUAUUGAUAUUGCCAGAUAGAGAGGCAAAAGACAGAUUUACCAAGCAAAAAUUACUGACAGAGCUAUAUACAUAGGAAGCCAUAUAUAAUUAAACAGGCAUCUAUUUGUAAUCCCUAUAAGACCUGAACAGUAUAAAGAUUAUAAAAGGACCAAACCAAAUACUCACAGGUAACAAAACAAUACAGUCUCAAAGUAUCUGGGAAACAACAAAGUCAGUAUAGUUUCCCAAUUAGACACUUCGUACUGUGCCCCAGGUAUGACUAUAAGAGCAGUAUAUUAUCAAUGCGGUUAUCUAAUCAGCUGUUUAGUGCAGAGAGCGAGUAAAACACCCGUGCUGGAUGAACCCAUUAAUAUACUCAUAAAGGAUAAAGAGUAAAUCCCCAAGAUAAAAUUGGGGUGAAUUCCAAAAGUAUAUAACUUGUAAAUGCUCAGUAAAGCUCCAUUAGAAUCCCUAUUAAAAUAAGAGCGUCAUUACACAGCUCAACGCGUUUCGGCGCUUGGUUGCGCCUUUUUCCAGAGCAGAGUCAGAGUCAACGUGUGUUUAAGUAGCAUAAGGCCGCGCCCCUCGGGACAUCAUGCAGCCAAUAAGAUAAAUUCCAGUCCACUGCUUGUUCAAAAUCUUUAUAUCAUAAAUUCAUAAAAUCAUUAGACAUAUAGUGAAAUGCUCCCAAAUCUUGUCAUGGCACUCUAUGCAUUUUGUGUCUCAAAACUCUUUAUCAAUACAAAGUAAGCAGUGUACAAGUACUUGCAGUAUUUGAGCACACACGGCCUGCUCAGAUAGUGCAAGUCACCUAUUCAGCUGCUUUGCUCAUCCCGACAUUUUAUCUGCCUUCCUCAAAUUCCACGCCCUUACCACCGUCAUUAUUUGUGAAUGCGCAGCUUCAGCAUUCAGCGAUCCUAGUAAUUCUGAACAGACCGUGCGUGCUCGUGCUGUAAAAUAAAGAAAAUGUGAGGGGAUUUCAAAGCAGGUUAGUAGGUACAACGUCCGAGCAACAUAACCACUGCCAUAUACUGUAGCUGAUAUGGUACUAGGAGUGUCAUUUUCAUACUUUGAAUCCAGAUUUUUUUAAUUUCUUUUUUUCCCCAUUGUUAAUGAUAAACUGCUUGUGUUUGUGUCUUUGCAGGACAGGACAACUUUCAUAUCCACAGAAAAUCUACAGCCACAGACUGAAACAAUAGUAGCAACAGUAUCCUCACUGCUGUCAGUCUCUCCCCAGUCAGGGUGUGUUGGAUCUAAAUGGGAGAAAUUCCUAUCUUCAUCUGUUGAUGCGGAAGAGAAUGGAGAGUACAGCUCUGUGUCACAAACACUUGAGGAAAAUCAGGAUAGUUUGGCUUUGUCUUGGAGGAAAAAUGAAUGCAUUAGCAAGGUGGAAGAAAAGUUUGGAGAAUCCUUCACUUCCAACAAGACUAUAAUAGUUCCACCAGUCAGCAAGAAACACUCUGCAUUUGGCUUAUGCAUUCAGGAUGAAAUGCCAAGCUGCUGGAAAAUGGCUGUAUGCCCGGCAAAGGCUGUGGAUGCUCCAGUAACUGAUCGCGCCAAAGAGCCUGCCCAUAACUCCAAUAUCCACACAUCUGUGGCCCACACGUGUGCGCGUACAAACCUCUUUCAUACGGAUGAAGACUUUGAUGAUGUAUAUUAAGUGUACUAGAUUGUAAUUUAAUGUUACCAUUGGAGAUGAAAAGAAUGAACAUACAUGAAUAACUUUUUGCACAGUAACAGCCCAUUGAACCUCAAGGAGGGAGACGGAAAAAUAAAUAAAAGCACAACCUAAGAAACUGUACAAGUUUCAGUUGACAUUUUUUGGUGUUCUGCAAAAUAUUUCAGAAACCGUUCCAAGGAGGCAAAAUUUAAUACCAGGAUUUAAUGUUCGGUCAGUAGUUUGGUGAUCUAGCAAUGACAUGCCUCACUUUUACAUAGGGUGAAACAGGAUGUGUGACAUUUAGAGGCAGCCAUUUCCAUAGUGCAAAUAAAGGAACAAAGUGUUUGUUAUAGUUGAUGUUAUAAUUAAACAUGUUGUGACAAAUUGGUAUAUUUAUUAGUUAUAGUAUCUGCUAUCUAGCUAAGCACUUUGUAUUAAAGAGCUUCAAUGGCUAGAUCUCAGCUUACAUACAGGGCCCUCUUUACCUUUUGUCUGUGUAUAUUGUAUGUUCUCCCCUAAUUGUACAGCUCUGCAGAAUAUGUUGGCACUUUAUGAUUUUGUGUGGGUGGAUAGGUCUGUAAUUGUGUGUGUGUAUGUAUAUCUGUGCUUCUGUCUGUGUAUAUUCAUGUGUAUGUGUUUAGUAGAUAACGCCUUAAUUUGUGAGGGAACUCACCAAAGCUUGACUGGGGUCGCUCAGGAGCUCUUCCAUACGACCAGGCUGCAGGUAUCGUCCACUCUGCCUAUACCGCUGCAGCCCUUCUUCCAGGCAGGGAUCGUUCUCCCUGCCUAUUCAGCUGCAGCUCUUCUUUCCGGAACACUGCCUAUCAU